CGGGGGACGGCGGCGGGAAUUGUGACGGCGGCGGGGCCGGGGGCGAGCGGCUGGAGCGGAGCGGGUUUUGCUGCGGAUUGUCAUGACUCCGGGUGUUUUCCCCUGAUUCGCCGGUUGCCGAAGCGGGAGAUGGCGACGGAAGCCAAGUACAGCAUUGUUCGAGAAGUGGGCCGAGGGAGCUACGGGGUGGUUUACGAGGCCGUCCUUAAUAAGACCAGAAGCAAAGUGGCCGUGAAAAGGAUGCACUGCAACGUGCCCGAGAACGUGGAGCUGGCUUUGCAGGAGUUCUGGGCCCUGCAAAGCAUCCAGCGGCAGCACGAAAACGUGAUCCAGCUGGAGGAGUGCGUCCUGCAGAACGGGCAGGCCUUCCAGCCCAUCAGCCAUCGCCUCAGGAAGUCCGACAGCCACCUGCUGCUGAUCGAGACCUGCCUGAAGGGCCGGAGGUGCAUGGAUCCCAAGGCCGCCUGCUUCCUCUGGUUCGUCAUGGAGUUCUGCGACGGCGGCAACAUGAACGAGUACCUGCUGUCCCGCAGCCCCGACGCCCAGCUCAACAACAGCUUCAUGCGGCAGCUCAGCAGCGCCGUGGCCUUCCUCCACAGGAACCAGAUCGUGCACAGGGACCUGAAGGCCGACAACAUUUUGAUCUCCCACAGGCGUGGCAGCCCCAUAGUGAAGGUGGCAGAUUUUGGCCUCAGCAAGGUGUGUCAGGGGAAGGGGAACGUGAACCAGCACCGCUUCUCCUCCGCCUGCGGCUCCAACUUCUACAUGGCUCCGGAAGUGUGGGAAGGGCACUACACGGCCAAGGCUGACAUCUUUGCCCUCGGGAUCAUUUUCUGGGCUAUGGUCGAGCGGAUCACCUUCCGGGACGGGGACACCGAGAAGGAGCUGCUCGGAACUUACAUCUGCCAAGGCAAGGAGCUUAUUCCUCUGGGCGAGGCGCUGCUGGAGAACCCCAACAUGAAGCUGCAAAUCCCUCUGAAGAACAAGAAGUCCAUGCCGGCCGAUCUCUGCGAGCUCCUGCACGACAUGCUGGCUUUUAACCCCAAGGAACGGCUGGAUGCCUUCCAGCUGGAAGCCCGCAUCAGGCAAAUCUCCUACGGCAAGAAGCGCCAGCGCUCGCUCUCGUAGACCAAGGGCGCUCAGGUGCUGUGUCCCACCACGGUCUGGGGGCCUCGCAGGCGGUGAACGACUGAUUUCUUUCGCAAGGAGUGGCUGGAUCAGGAAAGAACGAGACACGAACCUUGCAGGCUUCCAGUUUUCCCAAACGGUUGUAUUUAAACGGACGAUAACUUUAUUUAUUUGUACAGUAAUUUUAAGAGAACGACAAAUAUUUUAUUUUUGUGCAACCCCCCCGUGCUUUUUUGUACUUGUGUUCUUUUAUGCAGCCACUAGGUAGGUCAGAGCUUGGCUGGAACGCCUUGAACUGUUUGGCACGGCCGCACAGGAGUUUCUGAACCUGCUUUCCGUUGUGUGUCCUUGGCGCGGAAGGCAGGAGUUGUCUUUACCAGGUUUACUUGGAGCUUUUUGUGUUAAUUCUUCGCUCCGUGUUGCUGGGCCACGUAACUAAGUGAUGGCUGCGGAGUGAACUGGCAGAGCGUUCGGUGUCUGUUCUGCAAAGUUUUAACAGAAACAAAAAAUGUAUUUUCCUCCCAGUAGCUUUUGAAUAUUCUUGCUUAGAUUAACUAAAAUGCUUUCUUAAAAUAAAUACAAAGAAUGUUAAAGAUGCCAACUCUUGAUUAGAACGUAUGCGUCACUAACACUUAAAGUAGCUUAAGGGAUCGUGCUUCCUGCUGUGCUAGCUGCUUGUGCCAGCUGUUCUCACAAGGGAAACGAGAAGGACUGAACUGGAAUCUUGGCAGGUAAACGGGGAGUCUAAUUUGUGCCCUGUUUGAGAGAUAUUUUUAUGUAUCUGCAAACUACUCCUGAUCCCUGCUUUUCUUAAGAAGCCGGGAGCUCCUGAAAGCUUCCUCCGACGCCCUUCUGAUGCGCAGGGGUGAAAUAGUGCCCUACAGGGAGAGCUUCCUUCUAUAGGAGAGGAAUAAACUGCCAAAAAAAGAUAACUUAGGGAGCUCCUUUGCCACACGGAAGACCUUGGCUGACUAUGUUUUUCCCACCCUGUCCUACUCCAAGAAGGCUGGUUCUUAAGCAGCGCGAUAUGAGCUAGAUUCAGGGACAGCAUCUUUCUUCCUGCGCUGUCUUCAUCCAGGGGCUCCCCUGGCCUUCCAGGGGGAGGUGCAACACUUCCUCACCUGCUCCCCGGGCUGUAAAAUUCAGUCUUUGGUCGUCCUGCUCAAACAAGCAGCAACUGAGCUCUACCUUUGUUGUUCUGCUUCGCAGAGCUGCCCCUCUGAAGUACGGUUUCUUCAUCUCCUCCUAAUCCCGUAGCUGCUCCAACUCCCUUGUCUGCCCUGCCAUCUGCUCUCAGAGCAGGCCGAUGCUGCCGGCCCUACAGGAGUGUUUUUACUCGAGACCAGCUCCAUUUUUCUGGAAUACCGAUGGGUCUGCACGCCCUCACAGCACAUGGACUAACGUGGGGCACACAAAUGGGUGUUUACUCUUCUUUUCUCGUAUUUUGCUGUCUAGCAGUGUAUCCUCACAGCUGCUGCUGUUUUCAGCUCUCUGCACACCCCUCGAAUCUCCGUGCUUUAUAAAUUAAUAAAAUGUUUGGUUUUUUCU